UCUUCUAUACUGAAAGUGAUACUAAACAGGUGUCUGAAUUGUAUACCCGGAAGAGAAAAAAAUCAUCAUUAAGUCAAAUGGCUUCCAGUGACAAGGUAUUAUCAGACUGUAUAAACGAAUUCACAGUCGAUAUCUACAAGUAUGUCAUCAGUGAACAAUUUUCAGGAAAUGUGUUCAUGUCUCCGACCAGUAUGAUGGUAGUUUUGACAAUGCUAUUCGUUGGUGCACGCAAGAAGACUGAAGACCAGAUGACGCAGAUUCUGAAGCUUGAGAAACUGGAUAAAAAGGCUGUACUUCGAGACAUGGAGACUUUUGUCAACACUCUCAAAAAGGGAAGUAAAUCUGUCACUUUAAGUACCGCUAAUCGGUUGUUUCCAAAUACCAGUAACAUUAUACUCGAAGAUUAUAUUUCUCUUGUCUCAGAACAUUUCAAGGCUGGGGUUAAGUCAAUGGAUUAUACAACAAAUGCGGAUGGAGCACGUAUUGAGAUAAAUAAAUGGGUUGAAAGGGAGACUAAUAGCAAAAUCAAAGACUUGCUCCCUAAAGGUUCGUUGGGUUCGGACACAGUUAUGGUAGUUGUAAAUGCCAUAUAUUUUAAAGGGAACUGGGAAACACAGUUUGAACCCAAAGAUACGAAGAAGGGCACUUUCACAAAACUAAAUUCAGACAAGGAACUGGUAGACAUGAUGAGCAGGCACAUGAAAAAGGUAAAAUAUGGUGAAAAUAGAUCGCUUGCCUGCAAAACUCUGGAGCUGCCGUACGAAGGGAAAGAACUGGCUAUGAUUAUUGUCUUACCACGUGCUCACUAUGGGUUACCUGUCCUUGAGAAACAACUCGCUCUUGAGAAUUUGCGAAAUCUGGUUUCUGAAAUCGAUCCAAGCACAGUUGACGUGUCUUUACCGAAGUUCAAACUUGAAACUUCCUUGAAGCUGAAAAAAGUUCUGUCUGAUUUAGGAAUGAACGAUUUGUUUCUGCCUCAUGCUAACCUGUCUGGAAUGGGGGGAGAUCUUUAUGUGUCGGAGGUGUAUCACAAAGCCUUUGUUGAUGUCAAUGAAGAGGGUACAGAAGCAACUGCCGCUACUGCCGCUGUCGUGGUGACAUGCUCUACAAAGCAGACACUGCUGGAUUUUACGGCGGACCAUCCUUUCCUUUUUAUGAUUUGGGAUCACAGGCUUAACGUACCUUUGUUUAUUGGAAGGUUUGUGGAACCGCUUAACACCGCUGGGCCAAGCUUUCAGCAAACAAAAGAUGAAUUAUGAGUACAGUUUAAAUGUACUUUAAAACAUUGAUUAUGAAAAUGUGCUUUCAAUACUUUUGCUGUAAACUACAGAAGCCAUAGCACAUUUGAAGGAUGAAAUAUAGCUUUGAACAUUUGGAUACUACAAUGUAUUUGAGCCGUGCCAUGAGAAAACCAACAUAGUGGGUUUGCGACCAGCAUGGAUCCAGAACAGCCUGCGCAUCCGCGCAGUCUGGUCAGGAUCCAUGCUGUUCGCUUUCAAAGACUAUUGUUAUUAGAGAAAACAUUAGCGACCAGCAAGGAUCCUGAUCAGAAUGCGCGGAUGCGCAGGCUGGUCUGGAUCCAUGCUGGUCGCAAACCCACUAUGUUGGUUUUCUCAUGGCACGGCUCAUUUUAUUUUCUUUAUAUGUCUUGGAAUAACCAAAGCAUAUUUAAAAGUCAUAUUCUAAAAUGUUCAUAGUUAUUUUUCACAUUUUGCAUAUGAUUUUUACAUUAAAUUGUUCAAUAAAUGUAAUUACUUCUAAUUACUUUGAUGAACAUCUACUUUCGUCUAUUUCAUGAAAUAUGUGAUAUGUUAACUUACUUAAUAAAAUCAUCGACCU